AUGUCAUCUCGCUCAUUGAGUCCUGCGUCCGCUGCUCGUCGCGAGGAGUUGACCUGCAAGAUAUGUUCGCGCACCUUCAAUAGGCACGAGCAUCUGCAGCGACAUAUUCGUACUCACACUAAAGAUAAACCGUAUAUCUGCCCGUGUGGCCGUGCAUUCUCCCGAAAAGACUUGCUAACCCGACAUGAACGGUUGAGCCAUGGUCUUGAUGGGAGACAAGGGGCUGCUCGAGGAAGCGUGUCACCCGCGGUGGAUCGAGCCCUCACUACUAAAGACGCUGCAUUUGAUGGUCCUUCAACCAUGGACCAUUUAAGCGACCAUGCUGGCUCUAUAUCCCAUGCCAUCGCACACGAGCCGUUGACAUCGACCGCCCUCUCUCAACAGUCAGACACUACAUUCCUGGAGAACACCACCGUACCUUAUACCUUCGACAACUUCCUCUUGUCUUCCACGGACGGUCUCUUUGCGGACUGCGAUGACCCAAUCUCUGGCUUCACCAGGUUCUUGAACCAUGGGGACUGGAGUCAUGACUGGGAAGGAUUGCUGGUCGAUCCAAGCAUUGUGUCGCAUGACCACAACAUGCCGGAGCACGAUGCGAUGCAGCAGGUCAGUCCAGACAGCACAGAUAUUUCUUCGCGGGUACCAGAUGACCCCUCAGGCGAUGGUGAUUUUCACGAACUGAAGCCUCUUAAUUGUCCCUGGCUUUUGAACGAAAGCCAGUAUCUGCAAAUUAUCAACGCGCUGGCGCCGUUUCGACAAGCUAUGCCCCAUUUCAGGCUGCCCUCGAGAAUGGCUGUCGCUCGCUAUCUACUUGGAUAUGUCGAAGGCUUCAGUGACCAUCACCCGUUCAUUCACAUACCAACCUUUAAAUUGACCUCCUUUGUUCAUACUCCCGAGUUCAUCCUGGCGAUGCUGGCCAUAGGCGCCCAGUAUCGCUACGAGACCAAGACUGCCAGGUCUCUGUACCAAGCUAGCCGAUCUAUCGUCCUGGAACGUCUUCGCACAGUCAACAGUGUCUGGGACACCAAUUCCAUCACGCCUGAUCAAAACAACGCAAGCCCUCCAUCCGGCCAUGCAGAACAUCGUCUAGACCGAACCCGUGCUCUGCUCUUGUUGGCCGUCUAUUGCUUUUGGCACAGCAGCCCGGAUCUGUCGCAGGACUCGCACCAAUACCAGAGCAUGAUCGCUGACUCGCUCCGCCGACUGGGUCUGUCCGAAGGGCCGCAUCAUAACAGGACCAGCUGGAAUCAGUGGAUCCAGCUGGAAACAGAACGGCGCACUCAAUUCUUCGGUUGUCAUGCUCCUACAAUCUACUUGAAGGAUGCACAUGCAGCCCAUCUUGGACAAGAUAUAUCUGCAACAUUUGCUGCAUCGCCCAUGGGAAACUAUAUCUUGAUCCACGCACUGAUCCAGCGUAUUUACAUGAUGCACCAGAUCUCUCUGGACCCCCAGACGCAAUGUCUCUCUGUGCAAACCAUCCAGGAACUAGAGCCGUCGCUUGACCGUUGGCGACACACAUGGUGUCACUCUCCUGAAUCCAAGCUGGACCUAUAUGAUUCAUAUAGCUCGCUUGCGUUCUCCGCCACUGCCCUGCUGGGUGUGGCAUAUAUUCGCUUGUAUUACAAUCUUGGAAAGUGGCGCAAUCUGCAGAGUGGCGAUCCAGCAGUAGUCGCCGCGACAUUGUAUGAGGCGCCCCUGCCAAAGCGCGGUCCGCAUCUGAUACAUGCCCUGCUACAUUCUGUCCAUUCUCUAAACAUUCCUGUACAGGCGGGCACUUCUUAUCUUUCUCAGUUCAAAUCCUUCGGCUGGAGCGUGGAUCAUGCUGUCUGUGACUUGGAAUGUGCUAUCUUCCUGAGCAAGUGGCUUCAAGUAGUGGCAACUUCAUAUGAGGAGCAGGCACUCUCCGAGCUGGAAACACGCGUUGUUCGAUGGAUCAUCCGUGUCGUACGGGAAGCGUUUAUGUCACAGGACGAGACAAUCCAUCUCAGUUACGAAAUCGAUGAUUAUCGGCUAGAGGCAUUGCAUCGAACAGCUAGCUUCCUCAGCGCUGCAGUCGUCAGAGUUUGGGCCCAGAUGUUCAAGGUUUGCAAUAGCCCUUGGCCGAUGGUGAGGUUCGUGGGCCAGAGUCUGGAUCGGUACGCGGAAUUGAUGCCCGAGUCCCUAAAAUCCCCCGCGACGAGUCGGGUGACAACAUGA